CAAUUUCGGGAUUGUCUGGCCGCCACCGAGUCUUUGCUGUCAGCAGCUGAUGGGUAUAGAGAACUGAAAAACAGGUGAAAGGAAAAGAAUAUAAGUAAAGAGGGUUCACACUGGGCAGUUCACGCAGAAAUGCCUGUGGUAUCUACUGUUGUUUUAGCAUCGGUAAUGGGAGUAUUCAUUGAAUGCACGUUUUAAGUGCUUGACAUGUUAUCUCACUGAAUCCUCCGAACAGUCUUUUAAAUUUGGUUGGUGAUACUAUCAUCUCCAUUUUAUAAAUGAAGAAACUGAGGCCCGGGGAGGUUAGGGAGCGUCAGGUCACACAGCUGUAAGUGGUAGAGCCAAAACUCAACUCAGCCGGCUGUACAGUCAGUUAAUAGUGCUGACUUUGAUUGUAAAAUGUCAAUUCCUAGUACAUUGUUACUCGGUUUUUAAAAAAUACUAACUCCAAAGAGUCCUAUUAGACCAAUGAAUUAGAUUGAUUUCUAAUUUAAAACUAUUGUAUCCGUGCUGCCAAAACAUGUUUUUCCACUUACAUAAAAAUCUUAAAUUUGAAUACUGUUAAUUUAUUUUAUUUGGAAGAUUAUUCACAUUAUUUUUAUUUUAAAGUUGAACAUGUAAAGCAAAGUGGCAAAACUUGGUCAUGAAGAAUCCAACCAUAGUUACAUUAAGAUGUUUAAAAGCUACUAGUAUUAAUAGACAGAGCAGAAUGGGCUGAUAUAGAGCCAGUGCCACAGAACGAUGGCCCCAAUCCAGUGGUCCAGAUCAUUUAUAGUGAAAAAUUUAGAGAUGUUUAUGAUUAUUUCCGGGCCGUUCUGCAGCGUGAUGAAAGAAGUGAGCGAGCUUUUACAUUAACCAGAGAUGCUAUAGAGUUAAAUGCAGCCAAUUAUACAGUGUGCAUUACUAGUAACAGCCGAGAAAUGGAAGCACCUAGAUGUCCAUCAAUAGAUGAAUGGAUAAAGAUGUAGUGUACCGUAUAUACAGCAAUGGGCAAAAGUAGACUUACAGUUGCAUUUCCGGAGAGUUCUCUUAAAGUCGCUUCAAAAGGAUCUCCAUGAGGAAAUGAGCUACAUCACUGCAAUAAUUGAAGAACAGCCAAAAAACUAUCAAGUUUGGCAUCAUAGGCGAGUAUUAGUGGAGUGGCUAAAAGAUCCAUCUCAGGAGCUUGAGUUUAUUGCUGAUAUUCUUAAUCAGGAUGCAAAGAAUUAUCAUGCCUGGCAGCAUCGACAGUGGGUUAUUCAGGAAUUUAAACUUUGGGAUAAUGAGCUGCAGUAUGUAGACCAACUUCUUAAAGAGGAUGUGAGAAAUAACUCUGUCUGGAACCAAAGAUACUUCGUAAUUUCUAACACCACUGGCUACAAUGAUCGGGCUGUAUUGGAAAGAGAAGUCCAGUACACUCUGGAAAUGAUCAAGCUAGUACCACAUAAUGAAAGUGCAUGGAACUACUUGAAAGGGAUUUUGCAGGAUCGUGGUCUUUCCAAAUAUCCCAAUCUGUUAAAUCAAUUGCUUGAUUUGCAACCAAGUCAUAGUUCCCCCUACCUAAUUGCCUUUCUUGUGGACAUCUAUGAAGAUAUGCUAGAAAACCAAUGUGACAACAAGGAGGACAUUCUUAAUAAAGCAUUAGAGUUAUGUGAAAUCCUAGCUAAAGAAAAGGACACUAUAAGAAAGGAGUAUUGGAGAUAUAUUGGAAGAUCUCUUCAAAGCAAACACAGCACAGAAAGUGACCCACCAACAAAUGUACAGCAAUAACACCAUCUAGAAGAACUUGAUAGACUGCUUUUAUUUUUUUAAGAGACUCUAAUGCAGGAGUUUAAAACUACCCUGUGCCUGUGGUUUAAAACAUGCAUUGCACAGAUACUGCUUUUUAACAAGAACUAAGUACGAUGUUCCUUGGGUGCUGCUGCCAUGCAGACUAGCUCUAAGUAAUUCGAUUAUUUUAUAGCAAAGUAAUUGGGGGGAGGGAGAAGGAAAAAUGUCCCAUAUAGGAACUUUUGUAGUCUUAUCAACAUUUACUUUAACCCCUUAGCAUCAACUCCUCCCUGAAUGGUAUAUGCAUCAGGAUUUGCAGCAUAAAUGAUUACAGAUUACUUAUAUGUAAUGGAUAUGAGGUAGCUUAAAUUUUGGUUUAGGAAGCAAGGAAUGCAAUUGUUACUCAGAGCUGCUAUGCCACACUCACAAUAUCUUGCUAUUACUGUAACCAACUAAUGCCAAAAAAAUGGUUUUGUAAUAAAAUUAUAGAUGUAUUCUAAAACAA